AUGGUAGUUGAUGUUGAUAAUCCCAACUCGUACCAAUUACUACUAAUCUUGCUGCGUGAGAAAUUCGUUGGCCACGACUUAGGCAACUAUGGAUCAUUCUCCAAAGAUCACUUUCCCUUCACUCAGCUAGGUACUAAGAAGUCGGGGGUAGAAGAUCAGCAAUCCUUUCUAUCACACCUCGAGUCUAAUAAAACUAUUGACCUUAUACUAAAUUAUGACGCUUUUGAGCAAAAAAUGCUCCAGGAGGAAGAAGACGGGUACCAAAAGUCAGUUUCCGAUGAAGAAAGCCUACCUUCUAUCAUUGUACCCUCUUCCCAGUCAUUGCUUCCGACCGCAAAUCAAUUUUCUUCAAAUCCAAGCACCAGUGGCACUGUUUAUAACCAUUCCAACUCCGAUGUUGAUGCUAUAUCAAGCCAGAAUUUGGAUCAAUCUGUCAAUGCGAAACACUCACUCAGUCAUCACUCUCCCUCUGUGGUUUCCACAUCGUUCCCGGGGUAUGUUUCCGACACUCUUGUUUGUGUUGCUAUGGGCAGAUCUCCACCAUGGGCGACACAACCAAUCUUGAACUUGUCCGAUCUCUCUUGGGAUCGCUUUGGUACUCCUGAACUAUCUUCAUUUAUCACUGAUUUGAAUGCAAUGGAUUGGAGGGAAGGAAUCCGACAUUCACUCGAUCCAAAUGGAACGGACACAUUUCGACUCCUAGUCCAUUUUAAAGUGCUUGAAGACCAAGUCAUUUUCCAAAACAAUAAAAUAAGAAUCGUCAAAGCCGAGCUUCUCGACUCUCCAAUUAUACACUCAAUGAUAGCAAAGUACAGCCUGGUUCGUAGCCACCCUACCAAAAGCUACUUGCCUCUUCCAAUCUAUUGGAUGAGAAAGUAUGCUGCGGCUCAACGAUUUGUUUCUCUGUUUGGAAAAGCGGUUUUAUCUUCUCCUAAGGCUACAUCUGAUCUGAAACAAAUCGCACAGGAAAUUCGUGUCGUUGAUGCAUUCCCAGUAUACUUGGAUCCAGAGAAAGAAGGCGGACAAGAUUGCUAUGAAACUUUGGAUCCAAACAUCGACAAUCUGCUAGCUUACUGCAAAAAUGAACCUAUGCGGGUUUUCUUCAUGGAAGAACACAUUGUAGGAUCUUGGCAGAAAUUCUUACAUCCGACUGAGUUUGAUGGCCGACUCAAUGAUCACUCUCCAGCAGUUGACCUGUUGAUUUCUGCCUUGCAGCAUUGGAUGUAUGUAUAUACCAAUGGGCAGAUGAUUAUAACAAAUCUGCAAGGUGUUAUACCCUUAUUGAGUAAACCAAACAUUGUCAACUUAAACCCCCAGUAA